CGCCUCUGACUCGCUGCCGCCCCGGCGCUCGGUCCUGGGCCAGGAGCGGCAGGGACGUGCCGCUCCCGCUCUGCGCGGGAGGGAAGAUGGCCCUGGACAAACUCUGCUCGGUGCUGGAAGUGUUGUUAAUAACAAUACUUGUAGUGGAAGGGAUUGCUGUGGCACAGAAGACACAAGGUGGUCAGAAUAUUGGAGUGAACCACGUACCAUCUACCCAGUGUGACAACUGGGUUCGGACAAGCAAUGGAGGCCAUUUUGCUUCACCAAACUAUCCUAAUUUGUACCCACCAAACCAGGAGUGUAUCUACAUUUUAGAAGCUGCUCCACGCCAAAGAAUUGAGUUGACCUUUGAUGAACCUUAUUACAUAGAGCCCUCAUUUGAAUGUCGAUUUGAUCACCUUGAAGUUCGAGAUGGGCCUUUUGGUUUUUCCCCUCUCAUCGAUCGUUACUGUGGUCUGAAAAGUCCUGCACUAAUUAGAUCAACAGGGAGGUUUAUGUGGAUAAAGUUUACUUCGGAUGAGGAGCUAGAAGGAGAGGGAUUUCAAGCAAAAUACUCAUUUAUACCAGAUCCAGACUUCACUUACCUAGGAGGUAUUUUAAAUCCCAUCCCAGACUGCCAAUUUGAGCUUUCAGGAGCUGAUGGAAUAGUACGUUCCAGUCAAGUAGAACAAGAAGAGAAAACAAAACCUGGACAAGCAAUUGACUGCAUAUGGACAAUUAAGGCAACUCCAAAUGCUAAGAUUUAUUUGAGAUUCCUGGACUACCAAAUGGAGCACUCAAACGAAUGCAAGAGAAACUUUGUAGCUGUAUAUGAUGGAAGCAGUUCCAUUGAAAACCUGAAGGCAAAGUUUUGCAGCACAGUAGCAAACGAUGUGAUGCUGCAGACUGGAACAGGAGUGGUACGGAUGUGGGCAGAUGAGGGUAGCAGACUCAGCAGAUUCAGAAUGCUGUUCACUUCAUUUGUCGAUCCUCCAUGUUCAGGCAGCACUUACUUUUGCCAUAGCAACAUGUGCAUCAAUAAUUCUUUGGUCUGCAAUGGCAUUCAAAACUGUGCAUACCCUUGGGAUGAAAAUCAUUGCAAAGAGAAGAAAAAAACUGGACUGUUUGAACAAAUCACCAAAACUCAUGGAACCAUCAUUGGAAUUACUUCAGGGAUAGUUUUGGUUCUUCUCAUAAUUUCAAUUCUGGUACAAGUAAAGCAGCCUCGCAAAAAGGUUAUGGCCUGCAAAACUGCUUUUAAUAAAACCGGCUUCCAGGAAGUAUUUGAUCCGCCACAUUAUGAACUGUUCUCAUUAAGAGAUAAAGAGAUUUCUACAGACUUGGCUGACUUAUCAGAAGAACUUGAGAACUAUCAGAAAAUGAGACGCUCCUCUACUGCUUCGAGAUGUAUUCAUGACCAUCACUGUGGCUCUCAAGCUUCCAGUAUAAAACAAAGCAGGACCAACCUCAGUUCCAUGGAACUUCCUUUCCGCAAUGAUUUUGCACAACCUCAGCCGAUGAAAACAUUUAAUAGCACCUUCAAGAAAAGUAGUUACACAUUUAAACAGGCCCAUGACUGCCCUGAGCAGGUCAUAGAAGACAGAGUGAUGGAGGAGAUUCCUUGUGAAAUUUAUGUGAGAGGACGAGAGGAUGCUGCACAAGGCUCAUUAUCUAUUGACUUUUAAUCUCCUGCUAAAGGUGAAAUUGGUAUGUGUGGGUGUGUAUCUGAUACACACUGUGUAUAUAUAAAAAUAUACCCUAUGUAGUGUGUAUAGGUAUACACACUUUUUAGCUUACUGUAUCCAAUUCCAUUUUUUUUAAAAAAGGAAAGAUCUUCGUAACCAAUUAGUGUUGCAGUGGUGGACUUUGCCCUCAUCCCCCGCAAGCUGUCACUUCGGUUGAGCAACAAAACAGAAGGUUUUGCAUGGGAACUAUUAGUUAAGAAUAUUUUUAACUAAAUCUGAAAAUGACUAGAUUAUUUUUCUGCCCUCCCUUUCAUAUUAUUUCUUUUCCUUUGUUAAAUAGUUAGUUUUCAGACCAAUUUUAAGUAGUUUAAGUAAAUAAAAGUGGUUAAAGGCACCACCUAUUUUGACACAGAUGUCUGUUAUCAUAU